GUUAUCUAACUUAAUCUAAUCUCAGCUUACCAAAGAAAAACUAAAACAUUGUUUCUUAUUACACAACCUAAAAGUUCUUGUCAUUCUUGGAAUGUCAGAAGAAUUCGACGAAUUUGAUAUCAUUUUCUCCGACAGUUUCUUCCGGACUCGCCGGCGUGACGACAUGAACGAGAAAGAAAACCGGCCCGUUGGUUUCCAAGAAAACUCCAAAAACAAACCGAGACGGAGCAAAACGGCGCCGUUACCUUCACCAGCGGCAUUCUCGACUUCGCUACCGGUGAAUAUACCGGGUAAUGUGGUGCAAAGGUACACGGAUGAUGAGGAAUAUUCCGAUGACGGAGGAAGGAUCAUGGUUCCGCCGCAUCUGAUAGUUGGACGGAGGAUGGAAGGUUGUCAAAUGGCGUUUUCCGUUUGUACAGGUAACGGAAGGACUCUCAAAGGACGGGAUCUGAGCCGGGUUCGUAAUUCGGUUCUCAGGUUAACCGGUUUUUUGGAAGCCUAAAUUGGUUAAUCGGAUUUAUCAAAUUUUCGCCUCCUUUUAGCGGAAGAAAUCAGCGGUCUUGUAUGAUUUUUAGUUUAUUGAAAGUCAAAAGGAAAACGUCAAAAAGAACAUUUAUUUCCUUGUUUAUUUAUUUAAUUUCUUAAUUUGAUUGUUCUCAAAUUUAAUAGAGAAAGCAAAAGAAAAUGUUAGGAUGAUUUAACAUUUCUUUGCAAAGAUUGAAAUCCAGUGUUCACCAGCUAUAAUUUUACGCUGAUGAAAUUGGAUUGGUUGUGUAAUAAAUAAAAUUCAUAAAUGUACUAUGAAAAUCUCUGCAGAAGUUGGAAUAUA